AUGAAUGGAAAUUGGCACAAUGUCAACGGCGGCAGGCUCCCAUUCCGGAGGCCUCCUCCUACCGUGGAUGAUGCUCUCCCGUAUUCGCCCUUUACCUCGAUUAUCCCUUUCUCGCCCGAAAUAAUACCCUUCCCUACCGCUGAGCCUCCUACUCCACCCACUACCCUGAACCCGGACCAACAAAAGGCGGCACAGAAAGCCGUGGGCAUCUUGAACAACGAAAUCGAAGGCCAGUCUACAGCGCAGCACUUGCAUGACACAUUAAAACAGCUCCGCAAUCUUCUGCAUCGCGAUAAACUACCAGAGUACCACUUCAAGCCGAUGCCGCAACUAGCAACACCUCCACCGGAUAGCCCCGUAAAAGGUACCAAUGGAGAUUCUUCUGGAUACACGCCUGCGCUCAGUCCGUUUGCGCAAAUUCUGCUAAAACAGACGGAUGUCGCAUUUACAACACCGAGCGUCACAGCGCCCGAACGACCUCGCAAAGAGCGCUCACCUUCCAGACAAGCUGCUCCUUUGCAACAGGCCCGUGCGACACCCCAGCCGCCUACCACCCCCAGUGGCGGCGUCAACGUUCGAAACGCAGACCGACCGUAUCCGCCUAGCGCUGUUCCAUCCGCUGCGGGCAGCACGCCCGUUCGCCCCCCUGGACCAGCUGUAAUGAUAAAGCCAAAGGCUGUGCCGCGCGACGAAUUUAGGUACAUCGAUAGCAUCGGGACACCAGGUCAUUUGUCGCAAAAGCAGGAAGACAACAGAGCCGAGGGUGGAGCAUUUGUGCUACGACCCCAUGAACGAGAGAUUGCGGAUGGAAAGAUCGAACUGCUGGACAAUCUCGUCACAAGCCUAACAGAAGACAAGGACGAUCUCGACGGAUCACAGCACUUCAACAAGAUAUUGACACCUGAUGGCGAACUCAAUGUGCUCAAGCCGCGCUCGAUGGACAACCUCUCUGAAAAGAUGUCGGGCGUGGUCAGUUUAGGACGCUUUAGUGCGCUUCCUGUAGAACUGGUUAUGCAGAUCCAAUCGCUGCUUCACCCUACUGUUAUGUCGACAACCAAAAACGGGCUUUUCCCACGAGACGAGGGUACUAUGGAGCUUGCGGAAAGCAUCCCAACUGCUAAACUUGCACUCAAGUCUUCAAAGCUCCUACUCGAGACCAUGAUCGAAGGCCGUGACGAUUACCGCAUGCGGCGGGAAGAGAUUGUCGACACCAUAAUCGAUCUCAUAAAGCUAGUCAAGGACGCAUGCAUCAUCCCCAUUGUACAAUCGCGGCGCUCCGGUGAGUCGCAAGAUCUUUUCAACGCUGCGUCAGCCUGCAGACAAGACUUACAACCGGUCCUGCGCCUGUGUGGAGCCGUCCUCACUCGGUUUGCCACAGUUAUAGGCAAGUACAAUCUGUCUGAUCGGGCGCUCAAUACCUUGGAGUAUUUGACGCUCGAGCUUUUGGUGGAGCAGAACAGUGAACACGAAAGAGAUUCCGUCUUCACCAUCAAAAAAUUCGAGCACUUCCGUCAAAAGGCAAUGGACGUUCUGGCCCAGAUCUUUGCACGAUACCCAGAUCAGCGGACGUCAAUUCUUAGCGGAAUUUUCAGCAAUCUAGAGAAGCUUCCUGAUAAGAAGGCGAGCGCCAGGCAAUUUGUAUCUGCUCGAGAAGUGCCAAUCAUGACAAUAUCUGCACUAUUCAUGCGCUUCGUUCAGGUUGUUGCGACGAACCCCGGUCCUCGCACUGCGUCUUCAGCCAGCAGUGAGAUCAAGGAUGUCGUAGUCGAAGAUGAUCGUGCGUCAAACACCUCCAAGUCUGGCGAUAAACCGUUCCGUAAUCUUCUCGAUCUCUUCAUCGACGAUUUCUGUAACGUUCUCGGGUCUCCGCAGUGGCCAGCUGCUGUCAUGCUCCUACAAGUACUUCUGGUCCGCAUGAGAACCAUUCUUCAGGAUGAUCAAGCGACAAAGCACUCUGUGGUUGAUAAGGAUAUGGCGCUCACCACCAUGGCGAGGAUCGGCUGUGGCGUGAUUGACUUCAGGGACCAACUGAAGAAGAUCAAACAAAGGCUGGAUAUUUCGCAGUCAGAUUUGUCAUCAAAACUAGAUCGACUCGUCAACGACGCCAUGAGCGAGGACCAAAAGGAGAGGGUCAAUGAUGUGGACUUGCUUGCUUUUGAUGGUCCUUAUCGCAUGGUCAUUGAGUCUUUGGUAGAGUAUCUUGACCUUCGACCAUCCCAAGAAGACCCACACCUACAAGCAACAACUGGCUGUUACGUCAGCUCUUGGCUCGCAGCUGUCACAAAGGCGUAUCCUGAUGCAAAUGAGGAAACCAAGCCAGAAGCCAUCAAGACCGUCCAGCAAUGCUUGGAGAGUAUGAUCAUGGAUCCCAAAUGGCUGGCUCGGAAAUAUAAAUUCCAAUCUGUCUCGGACGAUCAAAGUAAGCUAGCCGCUGGCAUAAUUACUCUUCAAAGUCAAGUGUGCAGAUACCUUUCACAAAUCGUCAACUUCAUGCAACUCUACGCCCAGGACAAGAUUUCGCCCAAACUCCGGUCACGAGGAACCGCUGCACUGCAACAGUUGCUGGACAAAGAUCCUAGGGUUAUCUCUGAAGGCCAUGUCAUCAACAUGAUCUCGUCACUCAAGGACAGCUCGCCCAUGGUUCGUGAAGCAACCCUGUCCUUGCUGUCCAACUGCUUGGCCAAGGAGCCGUCUCUUGAACGGCAUGUCUUGCCACAGAUCCUGGACAUGACUACAGAUCCUUCCAACGGCCCAAAGAAAAAGGCAAUCAAGUUGCUCAAAGAGAUAUAUCUCCGCUCCACCUCGAAGCAGGUUCGACUCAAGAUUGCAGCUCCAUUGCUUCUUCCCUCGCAAGAUGACGAAAGCGCCAUUGCAGAGUUGGGUCGAAACGUUCUCGAAGAGAUAUGGUUAACGGGUGCUAGCCCGGGCAACAAAACCGACGACAGUCAGAAUCGACUUAAUCGCGAACAGCGAGCAGCAUUCAUGGUAGACCUGCUCGAAUCUGUUGGACAAAGUACGGUGCACCUGGAGGCUUUCGAGAAAUUCUUCAUUCACUGUCUAUCGCCUGAAGCCAAGGGACCUGCCGCGAAUCUGCAGAUCUGUGGAGAGCUCGUCGCAGAUCUGGUGGAUGAAGUCAUUGACCCUGGAAACGGAACAGACACCAAAUCCCAGACACGAGUCAUGAACACCUUGAGCGUCUUUGCAAGGAUCAAGCCCACCUUGUUUUCGGUCGACUACCUCCAACACCUGAAACUUUACAUCAAGACGAUUGUCAACACGGAUGACGUAGCUCUUGUGCGGCCAACAGUGGUGAUUUUCCGGCACGUUCUACCAACACUUUCCUCACUUCAGCAUGCCUUUGCGGAAGAGAUUCGUGGAAGUCUGAUGCGAAACGUUCCUAAGCUGGCCAAAUUCGCGUCUCUAGGUUGGCCUACAAGCAGGGAGACUCUUCUCGAUGUCGUUCAUUGCUUGUGGGCAAUCAGCGGGAUGUCAAGCAUAGGUGCCGAAAAGAUUCUCGUCACCACUUGUUCUGUAAUUAGCCAAUUGCGCCCACUGUUGCCAUCGGCUCAAAUAUUGGCAUCAGCUAAAUCAUCAGAGUCAGCCAAGGAGAAAGAGGAAGCCACCAAGCUGAAAGAGAAGAUACUCUCAUAUCUCAUUUUGCUAGGCGCUUUUGGCCAAGUGUGCAGUCUUGACGAACACGCCGAACCUUUCAUUGCCAAACUCCGGGCUACCAUCAACAAGAAUGAGGCCCUCAAGAAGCAGAUGGAGCCGUCCCUCAGUCAGAAAUCACCUCCCCCACCGUCACUCCUCUUGCUGGAUACUGUGCGGCCAUUCACCAUGCAGGCUUGGGAGCUAGACAUCCGCGAACAGGCAUUGCAAAGCAUGGGUGGCAUUUGCCAACAAUCACCGGAGCAUUUCAUGCGUGCCGAAGUGGAAAAGGUGGUCAAACUGGUCUUCAUCAACGAGGAUAAUCACACUUUGCGGCAUGUCGCGCUCUCCUUCUUCAGACAGUUUUUUACUGUUGCUGAACGACGCUCCGAAACAGGUGCGCAAAUUGCCGUUGGCAAAGGAGCUGUCAAUGGUUCAGCGCGACUGGAGACUUCAUUUACGGCCACUGGAAACGACCAAGCCACUCUACAUCUGGCCCAGAGAUUCUUGGAAGACUUUGUGAAAGCUGCCUUGCAGAACAAGAACGAACUUGCUGUAAUCGCCACAGACAUAAUUGCCAGCAUCAGCCGUCAAGGACUUGUUCAUCCAAAAGAGUGCGGUGCUGCGCUCGUAGCCCUAGCUACUUCACCAAACAAGAGCUUGGCCCAGGUGGCGGGUGACGAACACAGACGUAUUCAUGAAAAGCAAGAAUCCUACCUGGAAAAGGAGUACAUGCAGGCUAUUCACAUGGCUUUCAGGUACCAGCUGGAUUUGUUCAAUGAUCCACGCGGAAUGGUUGAAGCUACUCAUACCCCGAAGCUUACCAAACUUUUCGAGGCGCUGAAGACGGGCAAAAAAGCAAGUUUGAAGAAGUUCAUUGUCAACUUUUGCAAACAGAUCGACUUUGACCUCUCCAAAUUAGAUGCCAGUGGCCCUGCUCCUGAGGCCAUUCUGUAUGCUCGUUUCUGUUUGGAGAACUUGGCUUUGCUCGACUUUCCCCAUCAAGAGGAAUUGGCAGUAUUCCUCAAUGCAGUUGAAGCAAUGGUGCUCAACACAACGGGACCAGCGGUGGGAGUCGUCAUUGCGGAAGAACUUCCAAAACAAUACAUUCAAUUGGAGAUCCCACAGCCAAUGGACCCAUUCCAACAACAGAUGCUAGCUGGUGGAGGUAUGAAUGGAAUGCCACUACCACAACCACUACCGCCAGCCGUGCAAACCAUCUCCCAACUCGCGCCUCCAACUAUUGACGAUGGCCGCCUUCGUCAAAUCGCAACCGCCUGUAUUAUCCUCCAAAUGGUAUGGGAGACUCGCAGUUUCAUUCGGCGGUGGUACGGUAUCAAACAUAACGGGCCCAUUUCUCAAAAGGAGUACGCCAAAUCUGCAACUCGCAACCAUCUCGCUACCACGGGCAAGGAUUUAUUCGAGCGCCUCUCUGGAGCCAUGCAAGCUCUUGACACACGCGAAAGCAUGGUAAAGCAAUGUUACGACUUUGCAGACUUGCUGGAUAUUGAUCGAGAAACCUUUAUUGAUGCGGAUGGCGAUGAUACACUGGACGCAGGAUAUGAGACGCCAAACGAGGACGGUGAAAACAGCAUGCCAAUUCCUACUAGCGGCCGCGGCAGGAAGCGGAAGAGCAAUUUCAGCUUAGGCGGCAGUACACCCAAGAAGGCGAGGGGCAGACCACCGGGUUCAAAGAAGAAGAGGAGCUCGCGGACGCCGGAUGGUGAGGACGAUUCCGACUAGGUGUCGUGAUCGCAUUCACCAUGGUUGAAGAGGGAAGCAGGAACAUCUCACAUAAC